AAGCAAUAUUGACCCAAUAUGCCUCGCCGGCUAUCCACCACAGCGGCAAGCCGGGCAAGGCAGCCCUAUAUACUGGACGCGGGGCCACUCGGCUGGCUGGAAGGCACGACCAUCACUACUACUACUACUGGAGCCGAGGCCGCACCUGCCCUUCACUACUUCGGCGGACUCCCCUACGCACUCCCUCCCGUCGAGGAAUACCGGUUCCGACAGGCACGGAAACUGCCUGAGCAUUACCGAUACGGCACGCAAGCCAGUCCCGGACGCUUCACUGGCCACGCUGCCGUGUGUCCACAACCCGGUUGGCUUCGCGCAUCCGAUCCCGCCCUGUGGGACGAGAACUGUCUCCAGUUGAACAUCUACAUUCCUGCCGGGCAGCCACCAGAUGCGGGCUGGCCCGUCUUCUUCUACAUCCACGGCGGCUUCCUCCAGUUCGGGAACCCGAAUUUCGGACCAGAGUAUCUGGCUCCACUGCUCAGCGAGAGCGCUUUCAAGGCCAUCAUCGUUGCCCCCGCAUAUCGCACCAACGUGUUUGGCUUCAUUGCCAGCUCCGAGCUCCGAGCCGAAGCACAAGAACUUGGCGAAAGCAGCGGCAAUCAGGGCUUCUGGGACCAGCGCCUAGCCCUAGAGUGGACUGCACAGCACAUUGGAAGAUUCCAUGGUGAUAGAGACAACAUCACCAUCGGUGGGUAUAGCGCAGGGUCGUACAGCGUGUUCCAUCAAUUGGCACAUGAGCUCUACUAUGUCCCAGAGAAUGAAGCGAUUAUCAAACGUGCCAUUAUGUGGUCAAACAGCCCAGGUGUACAACCCAAGAGUGUAAGCGAGCAGCAAGCCCAGUUUGACGAGCUACUCGCAGAACUCGGCGUAUCCGCAUCUUUGUCUGCUAAAGCGAAGCUUCGUCAACUGAGGAUGAAGACGCCAUUAGAGCUCGUUCAAGCAAACGGCAGGAUGAAGCUCUCCGAAUUCAGAGCUACCUCAGACGACGACUUUGUGUCAACGAAGCUGAUUGCGAGCAUCAACCAGGGCGACUUUGGCAGACGCAUGAAAGCUAGAGGAAUCAAACUAAUGAAUGGCGAAUGUCGUGAUGAACACCACCUCUAUGGCGCCUGGAGGACCCCUCCUUCUUCUUUCAAAGCCGUAUACGAACGCCUUUGUGCUGACUAUCCCGAGCGGGCUGUGAAGAGCUUGAUGCACUUUGCUUGUGGUGAGCAGAAGGUCGUGCCAGAAGGUUGCAAAGACUGGAAUGAGGCCUUUGGCAAGCUGUAUGCCAAUAUGCAAGUGCAUGGCCUAGAACGCGGAUUUCACUGUGCACUCGAGAAGUCAGGCCUUGUUCCUGGCCAGGAUAUAUUGAGAUACAGGAUCGAAUGGAGAGCAAAGUGCAUGGAUGGCGCUUUCCCGCUCGCUUGGGGGGUAAGCCAUGCCACGGACAUGGCUAUCUGGUUCUGGGGGCUUGACUAUGGCGACGGACUCACAGAUGAUGAGAAGAAGGUACUCCGACCUUGGAACGCGGCAUUCGCGGCAUUCGUGAGAGGUGACGCCGUGACCUGGGAUACCAGCAAGAUCACGGAGAUGCUAAGGUUGCGCGGUGAUGGUGUAACCGAUGUCUGGGACGACAACAGAUGGGAGGAGGGCAUCAAAGCAUGGGAUGUAGUCAAUUGUGACACACCAUCUAGCCUGCUUGACUGGCUCAAAUCCAAGUUGUAAAUUGCAUCUACAAAAGGUGGCCGCCACGUGUCGGUGCACGACGUUAAAAGCAGACCAUGCGUGACAGUGAGGAACAUUGACAACUGCGGGUCUCACGCAGGAUCAGCGGCAGCAAGUCAGACCAUGCGGCGGACUGGACUUAACGACGGCGAGUACACAGACCGGGGUGGGCCAUACGAAAUCUGUCAAAGCAGAUCGCUCACGAACGGCUCGUUGCGCCCUUUUCCAUGUAGGAAGCCGCAUUUACGCUCACUCCCGACGGAAAGCUGCAAGUGUGUCUAGUCAAACUGCGUGUGAAAGAAAGGCAAAGCAAAGCAGCAAACGGCGGUGUCUCAUUUGAAGGUGAGAAGAUCAGAUAUCAACCUUGCCAGGUGCUCAUGGUCACUUCUCCACUCAACACUUCGCUGAGCAAUCCUUUCGUAUAUCACAACGUCACCGACUAACUUUGUACUUCAACUGUUAACUACUGCGUAUCAAUCAAGAGACGUGUUUGCCAGGACGAACGAGAAUAUGACCACACACGCCUUCACUCGGGUGCCAGGUGUCCUCCCUGGCGCUGGCUACCAGCCACGAAGCGAUCCUACAGCAGAGCAAGCCAGUCCUCGCCUCGCCUACUUCAUCACGCGCAACAAUGGCCUACCAGUUCCACUCAUUCCAGCUGAUGAACUGCCGUUCGCGGUGAAGCUGCAGGGUGUUUCCCGCGUGCUCAACCCUCAAGACACCUAUGGCCUGCAGUACAUCGGCACUUCUCCCUAUACUGGUGCGACGUUCCAUCUGGAAUCUGGUAGCCCAUCUGCCGCUCUGCAACGAAGCAACAAACAGCCUCCGAACGACCCGUUUCAAGCUUACAAUCAAGGUGGCACCGGAAUGAGACAAUUCCUCCCGCCAGAUGCUCUAGCUCGUCAAACCUCUGCCAACAAUUCCCCAGUCAUCGGGAACAGCCCGGCCGUUGCCUCCAAGCGGCCACUCUCUGCUUCGGAAACCGCCAAGUCAUGGCGUCGUAGUGAUCCUGUGGAUAGCUCCGAUGCGGCGACGCAAAAUGUCAUUGCUGCUAUUCUACGAUCUGAGGCUGGCGCUGAGACUGCAGAGCGCAUUGGCUACCGCAGUAGGGACCUGACUCCUCCUCCAUCUGGCAUCACACCAGAUCAGGACAAGAAAGUCUUUUGUACGCAUUGGAUCAUGACUGGCGACUGCAAGUUCGUUCAGCAGGGCUGUCGCUACAAGCACGAGAUGCCUACUGAAGCGAAGCUGAAGGAGCUCGGCAUCAGACACAAACCUAGAUGGUGGCAGGAGCAGAAUGCAGCUAUCAAGCUCGGAGGGGCCAGAAAUGUGCUCGGACCGGCUCUGAAGCCCAUGGAGAUGCUGAGUAUGGGCAAUGAUGAGGAGGCUGAUGAUGAGAGCUCAUCAGAUGAUUCGUCUGAUGAAGACAGUGAAAAUGAGGUACCUGUCGUUGGAAAGAAAUCCCUCUCUCCAGUGAAGAAGGAAACUGGCAAUGGCUCCAAGCAGACUUUCCAGCAGGAGAUUAAGUCUCCAGUCAUGCCUUCCACUGGCCGCUUGUGCCCAACCAUGGACAAAGUCAAGGACAUUCGCAAGCCCUCUGCUGCUGCAAGCGACCUUAUCGACUUGUUAUCAACGUCCUCAGUCUCUACCAUGCCUUCGAAACCUUCAUUGUCCAACAACACAUCCCGUACAAGCAUCUCCCCCAACACCGGCAGCGUUCCUGGUACUCCACCAUCGUCGCAGCAAACCGCCAAAGUCUUCGUCCCCGCCGGCGAGUCACCAGAAAUCCACAUUGCCGAGAUGAAGAAGCGUGAGCGGUCCACUCGCCACAAACAGCAGCACGACUCGUCGUCGCAUGUAUCUCCUUCUCAGACCUGCAGCAGUGUCAAAGCAGUCGUCAAUGGUCUUCACGCUUCCAGACAUGCUCUAUCUUCAUCUGCCGACAGCUCUCCCAAGCGCAACAAAAUCAGCUGCCGUCUUCGUCGUCCUGCUACGAUGAGCUCCCCUGCUCGAUUUGGAGCAGGUGUAGCAGCAAUUGUCAACUCUCCUUCUUCUGGAGCAGAGAAGAAAGGAUAAUAAAAGAUUGGGGAGCAGGCAGAUAUGGGGAGAAGAGUAUACAGAGGAGAAGGAUGAGAUGUGUGAGAGAAAGGAAAAAGGGAAGAGCUUCUAUAGGUAGCUAAAAUCAAAUGC